UCCCCCGCGGGGCUUUGUGGGUAGCUGACCCGGGUCUCCUGGCGACGACGAUGGCGGGGGAUGUGGGCGGUCGCAGCUGCUCGAACGCGGAGCUGCUUUAUUAAAAUGAACAUGUUGUUCUGAAGUUACUUUUGUUUCCUUUUCUACAGAAGAACAUAGCUGUUGAAAAUGACGUAAGAAUAAACAAAGACAAUCUUACUGACCUUUAUGUCCAGCAUGCAAUGCCGUUGCCUCAGAGGGAUUUGCCAAAGAACAGAUGGGGGAAAAUGAUGGAAAAGAAAAGAGAACAGCACGAGAUAAAAAAUGAGACUAAAAGGAGUAGUGCUGUAGAUGGAUUAAGGAAAAGACCUCCCAUUGUAUUUGAUGGAAGUUCAACAAGUACAAGCAUCAAAGUGAGAAAGACAGAGAAUGGAGAUAAUGAUCGACUCAAGCCUCCUCCUCAGAACCAUGACUUAAUGCAUAGAAAAAGCCCUUCAGGCUCUGUGAAGUCACCACCUUUGUCCCCUGUUGGAACUACUCCCGUGAAGUUAAAGCGAGCUGCUCCUAAGGAAGAGGCAGAGACCAUGAAUAACCUGAAGCCCCCAGAAACAAAGAGGAAGAUACAACAUGUUACAUGGCCGUGAAGGAAAGUUUCCAAAAAUGUAAAUAUAACUGUAACUGUAGUUUUUCAAGCAAGUUCCUAUAUAUUGACAGUAUUUACAGAGCUCCUGAUUAUUGUGGAAUUUUCUUAAGAGGUUUAAAAUAGGUUAAAAAAAUAAAGACUUUUCUUCCCUUCC